UUUGGACAUGUGAGUCGGUCUGAACAAAUUUCUUAUAGGCCUUUUAUCUCGACAACCCAUGAUCACACUGUUUCCCCCUCUUUUCUUAUUGUGAAAUAUUUUGCCAUCAAAACUCUCACCUGUAGCAUGCAAAAACGAAGAAAAAUUGCGGUUCUUGGGACUCGUUCUGUCGGCAAGUCUUCACUCGUGAAGCAGUUCGUGGAGAACGAGUUUCCCCAGUCAUAUUACCCAACGAUUGAGAAAGCCUACGUUAAGGUGGUCGUUCACAACGGGCAGGAGUAUGCUUGUGAGAUAUACGACACAGCUGGACAGGAUGAGUAUUCCCAGCUCAAUGUCCAGCACGCCAUCGGCUUCCAUGGAUAUGUCUUCGUAUAUUCCAUAACGUCUCGAGCAUCGUUCGACUUGAUACAAAUAGUAUACGAUAAGCUCCUCGACUUCAGCGGUAACACCGAAUUACCGUGCGUGAUAGUGGGCACCAAGAGUGACCUUCAUUACAAGUACGUUUUUCGUACUUGGCACUGGUUCUCACAAACAACUCAUGUAUAUUCUAGCCGUCAGGUAGACAUGUUAGACGGGAAGGCAUUAGCUGCAGCGAACAAUGCUGCAUUCACUGAGGCCAGUUCAAAAAACAACGUCAAUGUCGCCCGGGCAUUUGAACUCUGUCUAGACGAAAUCGAGAAACGCUUAGCCGUGACCCAGGGUGGGAAUGCUCCGGACCAUCGUUGCGUGACUAUGUAAAUGAGCGCUGGCGUGAUUGGUGCGAAAGCUAAGGUCAUCUCAUUAUAUCUAUUAUAUCUGUUUUAAGUAUAUCCAAAUCUGUACGUACUAGCUGUGGAGGAAAGUCCGGAUGACCUUGACUAGUUAAGAUAGUAUGUGAAAGGCAGAAGGGACCA